UCACGGCUGGAGCUGGGGAGGAGCCGGGAAAGGAGGCCCCAGCCCAGAGUGCAGCCAGCGGCCGCAGGGAGAGCAGGCAGGGAGGCCGGAGAUCAUGGGGGAGAGCGCGCUGGAGCCGGGGCCUAUGGCCGCAGCGCCGGCGAGGGGCCCGGUGCACGCCGUGACGGUGGUGACGCUGCUGGAGAAGCUGGCCACCAUGCUGGAGGCGCUGCGGGAGCGGCAGGGGGGCCUGGCUCGGAGGCAGGGAGGCCUGGCGGGCUCUGUGCGCCGCAUCCAGAGCGGGCUGGGGGCGCUGAGCCGCAGCCACGACACCACGAGCAACACGCUGGCACAGCUGCUGGCCAAGGCGGAGCGCGUGGGCUCGCACGCGGACGCCGCCCAGGAGCGCGCCGUGCGCCGCGCCGCCCAGGUGCAGCGGCUGGAGGCCAACCACGGGCUGCUGGUGGCGCGCGGGAAGCUCCACGUCUUGCUCUUCAAGGAGGAGGCUGAAAUCCCAGCCAGCGCCUUCCAGAAGGCGCCAGAGCCCUUAGGCCCGGCAGACCAGCCCCAGCCUGGCCCAGAGCAGCCGGAGGCCGAAGUUGAGGAGAGCUCAGACGAGGAGCCUGUGGAGUCAAGGGCCCGGCGGCUUCGGCGCAGCGGGUUGCAGAAGGUACAGAGCCUGCGAAGGGCCCUCUCUGGUCGGAAAGGCCCCGCAGCACCAACGCCCACGCCAGUCAAGCCACCUCGCCUAGGCCCUGGCCGGAGGGCUGAUGGCCAGCCAGAAGCCCGGCCUGCCCUGGAGCCCAAGUUGGAGCCAGAACCUCCACAGGACACCGAGGAAGAUCCCGGGAAAUCUGGCGCUGCUGAAGCCGCGGUGCUCCAAGUAGAGAGUGCGGCCUGAGGGCUGGUGCUGUCUGCUUCUCUUGUGCCUAUGCCUAGUCCCCAAAUAAAUCUCCCUCUCCCAAUGCAGCAUUCACGCCCAAAUAAGGAGUGAAUCCUGCACCCAUAGCCCAGCUCUGGCCUUCCCUUCCCAGUGCCUUCAGUUUAGCCUGCAUCCUCUAAAAGAGAAGCAGCUGCCCACACCUGCUUGCACUCCCCUUCAAUAAAAGUAAUGUCACCUAAUCCAGACUCCAUGUGAAGGGGUGGGAGGAAAAGGCUUGGAGGAGUAAGACAAAUGUCGGAACCUGGAAUGUGCCUUCAAUUUCAACCAGAUCAUUGUAUCGUUUCUCAGGUUCCCACUGAGUCUUGGGCACAUAGAAAAAACCUGCUGGCCAUUUGCUUCUUGAGCACUUUACUCGUGGAGAGGCAUCCAGUACAGUCUCUUGCUGUAGGUGCUCAAUAAAUGUCAACAAGUGGUUUUCCUUUUAGUUUCUUCUUCCUCUUCCAUCUCUUAAAAGUUGGGCUUUCCACUAUUCUCAGCCUUCUCAUUCUGGGUUGUCCUCUGUGAACAGACUGACUCCCAAGCCUUUGCCACCAGCCAUACACACUCCAAGACCACUGUCCUGAGCCGCAAUUGAAAUGUACCUCAAGUCAGUGUCCAAAGGAAGCAACCUAUCUUUUAAUUAAGUUCAAUUUCAAUUUAAUAUUUAUUGAGCACUUAGUAUGUAUCAUUCAAAAUGGCAUCUCCUCUUGCGUUUUCUUUACCAAUGAAUGUCACCACCAUCCACACAGAAACCUGGGAGUCCUCCCUGGAGGACUCCCUCUCUCUCUCAGUGCCCUCCCCCAUGGAAACAGUUACCUCUGCAGUCUGACCACUUUUUGAAUACCCAUGGCCACUGCUCUGUUUUAGGCCUUAUCUUUCACCUGACCAUUAUUUGAACUGCCAAUCUGAUCCCAUCAUCCUCCUGCUUCAGACCCUCAGUGGCUCCCCAUCACCUUCAGAAUAAAGUCUGAGUUCUUGAAUAUUCCUUCAGCAUCUUUAAUAUAACUUUUUGUGAUCUGGUUCCUGCCCAUUUUUGUAGCCUCAUCUUUUGUCGCUUCUCCUCAUUCUAUUGAAUUACACUGAGCUGUGUGCUCUCAUCCUCAUCUCUAACUCUCCUGCAAAACUCAGCAAGGCACCCCUGUUUCAGGGUCAGGUGCUUCUCUUCCUUGUUCCCAAAGACCUCCUCUACACCGCAGUGCUGUCUGGUUUGUGAUUGAUUGCAGUUACUCUCCCCAUCCCAUCCCACUACACUGUGGCUCCUCUGCUGUAGGGAUUGUUUUAUUAAUUUCUGUAUUCCCCAUGCUAGAUACCAUGCCUGGCCCACAGUAGGCCCUCAUGCAGCAAGAGCAUCACAGAAGAAAUGGGAAGUGCGAGGGGAUUAGCUAGGGAUGGGAGCAUGGUCGUCAGCCCAUUCAAUCAGUUAUUGUCAUAUGAAAACAUUUUUGAGUACCUAAUGUGUUUGUAGGCCCUGUGUUAGGUCUUUGAACACCAAGAUAACAAUCCUGAGGCCUUUAGGGACUUCAGAGUUUAGGGAGAUGCAAACAUGAUGAUGUAAGUGUAGUGAUUGUUAUGUUAUUUUGAGACAAAAGAGGGAAGGGAUGCAACCUAACCUGAAGGAGGGUAAGUGGGGGAUGUUUAAGGCCAUAUUCUUGGAAAAGGUAAAUAGCGAGAUGGAAAACAGGAAUGGUGUGUGGCAGUAGAGCUCAGUGGUUAUAGUUUGGCUUCUUAGUUCCUUCAUCUUUUUUUUUUUUUUUAAGCUUAUUUAUUUUUGAGAGAGAGAGAGAGAGAGAGCGGGAAAGGGGCAGAGAGAGAUGGGGUCAGGAUACGAAGGAAACUGCUGACAGCAGAGAACCCGAUGUGGGGCUCGAACUCACGAACGGUGAGAUCAUGACCUGAGCUGAGUUAGAUGCUCAACCAACUGAGCUACCCAGGCGCCCCUCUUCAUCUAUUAAAUGGGCAAAUGAUAGCCUCUAUUGGGCUGUUGUGAGGAUUAAGUUACAUAAGUAUCUAGCACAAGUGCCUGGAGGAGAGUUUGUUUUAGGUGUAUAAUUCGUUCACCCAGUUAUUCAACAAAUAUUUACUGAACUUGGAAUUUCUGCCAGACCCUGUUUUAAGAGCUGGAGAUACAGUGGCACAUGAGAAAGACAGGAUCCCUGUCUUUGUGGAGAGUGUAGGGGGAGACCGGCAAUAAACAAGUAUACUAUGAGACAGACAAAAACAAGCAAACAUAUGUACUAGGUCUUUCUGGUUAUGGGCCCUGAAGGAAAGAAAGAAGUAAGGAUACAGAUAAUGACUGGGGUAGGGGAGUACUUUAGAUGAGGAAGUCGGGGAUUUAAAUUUUUUAAAAAAAUCUUUUUUUUAAUUUUUUUUUUUACUUUUGAGAGAGAGAGAGAGAGCAGGGGAGGGGCAGAGAGAGAGGGAGACACAGAAUCCGAAGCAGGCUCCAGGCUCUGAGCUGUCAGAACACAGCCCGACGUGGGGCUCCAGCUCACAAACCUUGAGAUCAUGAACUAAGCCGAAGUCAGAUGUUUAACCAACUGAAUUACCCAGGUGCCCCAAGGAAGUUGGGGAUUUAAAACGGGAGCAGAAUUCACUAGUGACUUACAAUUUUUUUCUGAUGAAUUCAGUUAGAAGAGUCUAAGCUCCCACUGACUAUGACUGGCGGGAAGUCUAUUAUCAGUCACUUUAGGGCUCCUCUCCUUUCUUAGAUUGUACAGUUAUACCAGGAGGUUCACACCAUUUCCUGGUCUCUCAGACCUUGGAUGUCUCUACUGCUAUUGCUUCUCAUGGCCACACGAUGCCACUGUUGGGGUACCAGUGUCCUGGUUGUUGUGUCAACAACCCAGAGGUUUCCUGUCCAGCUCUGUACCCAGAAUCCGGGGUCCUUCCAUAGAGGCUGGCUCUGCUGUAGCUCCAUUUCCUUUGGAGAAAUUCAGGACUCGUCCUGCAGGCUUCCAAGCCUUAGUAUGCAGACUGUAUCAGCUUCCCGGCAGCCACUCCUUUUAAGGUUCUGCCAUCACAGAGGGGCUGGUCUGAGUAGGCUCAUUUCUCUAUCCCCAAGGAAAAACAAAUUCUUGUUCUUUUUCCAAAUCCUUGGAAACCUACCCAAUUUCCCCCUUUCAACUCGUAGACAAAUCAAGAGCCCAACUGCACAUUUCUUACAUAAAAUGUCUUGAUAGUUCAUGGGGAAGCACAUGAAGGCUCAGAGAGCCUGCACUCUGACCUUAGGAACCUAAAGCCUCAGCUAACUUGGAUGUGUGUGUGUGCUACUUUUUAUUCCUUCCUGGUGCUUCUACAGCAGAAGUGAUAAAAAUCAGUUAAAACAAAACUAACUUAUUUUCUUAAUAGUUCUCUUUGUUACAUUUUGUUCUCCAUCAUUACCACUAUUGCUGUUGUUAUUAAUAUAAACUAAAGGGAGUGGAGACUGACACAGAGUACCAACUUGUCAUCCGGCAUAUGUGGCAUUUAGGUGGCCGCUUUAAGCAAUGUGGAGGCACACUGGUGGAUUACCAAAAUUCAGAGUUUGGUUCUCAGUUCUUCAGAUGAGAAGCACAAUUUAUUAUGUGUUCCAAUGUGAUUAGGCUGAGAGAGACUGAUCUGCAAUAACUGAACUUAGAAAACACUGGUUACCUUGAGUGCUGGAUUCAUUGCUUUGUGUGAGAAAUCCAACUGCUAAGUGAAGUAGAAUAGUCUAACUAGCUAGUCAGAACCUUUUCCAUCCUGCAACAUGGAGAGCCAAAGUAAGAUCUUAAAGUGUAAGGAAAUAGAAUUGUAGAAAUGGGAUGAAGAAAAUCAAUAGGAUUAUCAAACCUGGUAUGACCAUUUUCUGCUGUGAUAUUCCUCCUACAUGGAUAAGAAUAUGUACAUUCCUGGCAGGAAAUUUCUUCCCCUGUUAAGUACUGGAGAUCCUUUUGACUUUCCUUUAUUGAGACUUGAAUCCAUAUACCCUUAUCAUUGAAGGGAAUCCAAAAGCCAUACACCCCACCUGCAUUUCCAUCACAACAUCCACUACCAUUUUUUUUUUAACCUAUCCUUAGCUGGCCUGUGCUUGAAAAAGGCGGGUGACAAGGAAUUCACUACCUCUCAGGCAACUGUAUUUUUGGGCAACUUUGGUUGAUAGGAAACUUCUUUAUACUGAGAUCAACAUCUGUCUUUAUGAUUUCUCGUAUGUGGCAGUUGGCCACAAAGAAACAAAAUUUCUUUAUUUCUAUGAUGUGUGUGUCCUUGGAGUCCAGCUUCAGUGGGCCACACAGGACUGACUCAUCUAAAACAUCCUUUACAUCAUCUUCCUCGGGUGAAACAUUGCUGGUUUAUUCAGCCAUUCGUUGUGAUCUAUUAUCAAUCUUGGUCAUUCUUUUUUGGAUUGUUUUCAUUUACCCAUAUCCAUUUGGAAUAGGGAUGUGCCAAGGUGCAUAGAAAAAAGUAUGGCUUUCAUACUCAAAGACAUGGGAGCUUCAUUGCUGGUGAAUGAUAAUUUCCUUUUUUCGGCUUUCCUAUGAGGAUUAAAUAAGAUUUUUUAUUUGCCCAUUCAUUCAUUUUAUAUUUGUUGUGCUAGGUGAUGGAGAUGGAUGGUAUAGUAUGUGGAUCGGGAUAUAAUAGAACUGUAAUAGAGCGCUCAUAGAACUUACAUCAAGCUGGCAGUUAUGAUAAAGUUUUAAAUAAAUGCUAUGAUGCUAGAAGUAUAAGUUGCUAUGGGAGCACACAAAUGCAGCCUCUAACCUAGCAGGGGUGGUAGUAAUUACAGAGGAGGUUCUCCUGAGGAGAAAUGAUCCUCCCUCCAACCUGAUUUCUAUUUCUUUUUUGUCCUAUUGAAUUAAUUAUAUAAGUUUCUCAAGUGACUUUUUAGAAGGACCUGAGAUAUAGUAAAAAAAAAAGUAUACUUAUCUCAGUAUCUCAUAGGAAACACUAAAUGCAACAUAUCUCAAACUGUGCUCAUCUUUUCUCAGAAGUCAAGAUUCUCUUCUACAUUUACUUUAGGAAGUGUUAGAACCAAAGACCUGACCCUUUGCCCCCACCCCACCCCACCCCACCCCAAUCCCUACAUCCAAUGAGUCACCAAGUCCUAUAGAUUCUUUAUUAAGAAUUCUUGUGAACUUUUCUCUCACAAAUAACUAAUAAAUUUGGACCAUUAUGGAAACUUGAGAAGAAACCCUGUGCCAUAGGAAGGCAGAGCUGAGAAAUGGAGAGACACUGAAUAUCACACUUUGCUUGUGGGCAAAAUGGAGUUAAUAGCACUAUCUACUUUGUGAGUUUGUGAGUUUGUGAGUUAAGUGAGUGGAUAUAUGUAAAAUGCUCAGGAUAGUGCCAGGCAUGUGAGAGCUUAAUGUUUGUGGUUGUUUGCUUAUGCUCACUUGUUCCCUAAAUUUAGUCAGGCAGGAACUCAGCGCUUGCCACAGACAUUUUCAUUUAUGUGAGCUAAUAAACAUACUUUUUGUUUAAUUACAGUUUUGCCUUUGUGUUUGUGUGUGUUUGUGUGUGUGUGUGUGUGUGUGUGUGUGUGUGUGUGUGUAUUUGGUUUUCCCCUGCAAAUGAAAGAUUCCUAAUAGACAUAGCUCCAUUGACACUGGAACCAACAUGGAAGGCAAGGGAAACAUCUUAUUGUUCGUUGUUAUCUCCAGCAUCUAGCGCAGUGCCUGGCACAGAGUAGGCAUUCACUGAAUAUUUGGAGGAUAUGCAAAUUUAUUCCAGUGAGGUGCUGGGAACACAAGGAUGAACAAGAACCUGCCUGGAGGAGUUGGCUCAUGGAUGAGCCCUGUUUAUUGUUCUUUGGAGCUCUGUUGUUUCCUCUCAGGGUCAAUUAAGGCAUAGUAGAGACAAUGGCUGGGGCCCACAAUCCUUUCUGGGCCGUGAGAGUGUUAAUUUUUAUGAUCAGAAGAAAAAAAAUGAACUUUUAGGUAAAAAAGUGUUUUAAUAUAUAAUGUUAAUGUAUUGGCCUUUACCUUUAUACCAACACAAUUGUAAAAUAUAAUUUUUUUAAUGGAUGAAGGAGUCCAUGAGGGCAAAAGUGCCUAGAGCCCAUGGAAGCCACAAGGCAGUCUUGCUUCCUUGGUCUUUUGUCUUCUUUCUCCUUGGAGUUUUCAGGAAUUUUUUUUUUUUUUUCCUCUCACACUCAUUCUCACAUACUCAGUCCCUUAGUUUGAUUCUAGCUUUCUCUUUUUUUAUGUUCUUUGGCUAUUGUUUAGAAUUACCCUCAGAGGUGCCUGGGUGACUCAGUGGGUUAAGCAUCCUUAAGUAUCUGACUUUGGCUCAGGUUAUAACCUCACAGUUUGUGAGUUUGAGCCCCACAGUUCCUGAUGAGUUCAGAGACAUUCAGGGUUGUCGGGCUCUGCUUUGGAUUUUCUGUCUCCCUCUCUCUCUCUGCCCCUUCCCUGCACUCUCUCUCUCUCUCUC